GUAGCUGUUCUGGGGAUAUGGAGAGUGAAAAUCUGUCUGCAGUGACUGGGUUUAUCUUCAUUGGCUUCCCCCGACCCCGGGAAGGUGGCCUCCUGUACUUUUUCCCCUUACUUUUCAUCUACACCUUUAUUGUGAUUGGGAACCUGAUGAUCUUCUUUGCUGUAAGGCUGGACACUCGUCUUCACAAUCCCAUGUACAAUUUCAUCAGUAUCUUCUCAUUCCUUGAGAUGUGGUACACCACAGCCACCAUUCCUAAGAUGCUCUCCAAUCUGAUCAGCAGUCAAAAGACCAUCUCCUUCACUGGCUGCCUCCUGCAGAUGUACUUCUUCCAUUCACUUGGAAACACUGAAGGAGCCUUGCUGACUGUCAUGGCCAUUGACAGGUAUAUUGCCAUCUGCAACCCCCUCCACUACCUGAUCACCAUGACUCCCCGGCUAUGCACUCAGCUCUCUGCAGGCUCUUGUAUCUAUGGUUUCCUCAUCUUCUUACCUGAGAUUGUGUGGAUUUCUACUCUGCCCUUCUGUGGUCCCAACCAAAUCCAUCAGAUCUUCUGCGAUUUCACUCCCUUACUAAAUUUAGCUUGUACCGAUACAUCUGUGAUCUUGGUGCAAGAUGUGGUUCAUGCUCUCGGUAUUCUAAUAACUGGUCUCAUUAUUUCUCUUUCUUACAUCAGAAUCAUUGUUGUUAUCCUGGGCAUCCCUUCAGCUGAGGGUCGUAAAAAGGCCUUUUCCACCUGUGCUGCCCACAUUGCUGUCUUCCUGCUGUUUUUUGGCAGUGUGGCCCUCAUGUAUCUUAGAUUCUCUGCUACUUAUACACCACUCUGGGACAACACCAUUGCCCUAACGUUCUCUGUGCUCGCUCCUUUUUUCAAUCCCAUUAUAUAUAGCCUGAGAAAUAAGGAUAUGGAAGAUGCUAUUAAGAAGCUCCUUUGCUCCCCAAAGGUGUUUAAUAUAUUUAGCAUGUAA